UGUGCGCGCGCACUCGCGUAGCUAUUGCGCGGACUACGCGCUCGCGACAGCGGCGUUGACGCGCAUUCUCAGUGCGAUGGGAGUCCUGUGAGGAUGGACACACGGCAAAUCCUGCGACUCCUGACCGUUUUAUCAGGACUGAACGGAGUGUGUGAAGCUCUGUUGUGUAACUGCACCACACCACAGUGUGAGAAGGAUGGGUAUAAGUGCGAGACCAAGGGGGCGUGUGUGGCCUCCACCUCAGUCAUAGAAGGACAUGAGCAGCAUGUGCGGCUCUGCAUCCAGAAGGAGGACCUGGUUCCUCCGGGCCAGCCGUUCUACUGCCUCAGCGCAGAGGGACUAAUGAACACUCACUGUUGCUACUCUGACUACUGCAACAGCAUCGACCUCAGACUACCAACCGUGACAAACGGACCGGGUUCAGGGCAGGACUGGGGGCCGGUGGAGCUCACUGCAGUGGUGGCGGGGCCGGUCUUUGUGCUGUGUGUGCUGGUUCUGCUGGGUCUCUUCCUCUUCCAGCACCACCAGCGGGCCUACGGUCACCGGCAGAGACUGGAGGUAGAGGAUCCCAGCACUGAACACAUGUUCCUGGCCAAGGACAAGACCUUACAGGACCUCAUCUACGACCUCUCCACCUCAGGAUCAGGGUCUGGUCUGCCGCUGUUCGUCCAGAGGACAGUGGCUCGUACCAUAGUGCUGCAGGAGAUCAUCGGUAAAGGCCGCUUCGGGGAGGUGUGGAGGGGGAAGUGGAGAGGAGGAGACGUCGCUGUGAAGAUCUUCUCCUCUCGUGAGGAGCGCUCCUGGUUUCGUGAAGCUGAAAUUUACCAGACCAUCAUGCUCCGCCACGAGAACAUCCUGGGCUUCAUUGCUGCCGACAACAAAGAUAAUGGCACGUGGACUCAGUUGUGGUUGGUGUCAGACUAUCAUGAGAAUGGAUCCCUGUUCGACUAUCUGAACCGAUAUUCAGUCACCAUCGAGGGCAUGAUUAAACUAGCGCUGUCGGCUGCCAGCGGCCUGGCGCAUCUGCACAUGGAGAUACUGGGCACUCAGGGUAAGCCUGGCAUCGCUCACCGUGACCUGAAGUCCAAGAACAUCCUGGUGAAGAAAAACUGCACGUGUGCAAUCGCUGACCUUGGCCUGGCGGUUCGUCACGAGUCCGUCACUGACACCAUCGAUAUCGCCCCAAACCAGCGAGUCGGCACGAAGAGGUACAUGGCACCUGAGGUUCUAGAAGAGACUAUUAACAUGCGUCACUUCGACUCGUUUAAAUGCGCAGACAUCUACGCUCUGGGACUCGUGUACUGGGAAAUCGCUCGCCGCUGCAGUGCUGGAGGUAUUCAUGAGGAGUACCAGCUGCCCUACUAUGACCUGGUGCCCUCUGACCCAUCCAUAGAGGAGAUGAGGAAAGUGGUGUGUGAUCAGAGGUUACGACCCAACAUCCCUAACUGGUGGCAGAGCUAUGAGGCGUUGCGUGUGAUGGGGAAGAUCAUGCGGGAGUGCUGGUACACUAACGGCGCUGCGCGACUGACGGCUCUCCGCAUCAAGAAAACCCUGUCUCAGCUCAGCGUGGACGAAGACAUGAAGAUCUGAGCGAAACACUACCUUCUGUCAGAAACACUCCUAGCAAAGAGAACGUGUACAGACAUGCGACCACUCUAAACUAUCCUGCCAGUUCAAAAGUAUUUCCGUCCGCUGAGUCGGGACGGGGCCUACCUCACCCCACCGCCAAAACUACUGAACCUACGCUACCCAACAGCCCUCUGUGCUCUCCUCCUCUUCUCUACAUCUACCAUCACUACCGCCCAGCUCGCCAAUCAAAAUGGACAUGUGAUUCGAAACGCGUGAAUUGGUGCAAGACCGACACGAUCAGCUGAUUCCUUUCAUAACCACGUCAAAGCUGUUAGCAAAGCAACCUUAUUUGCACUUUAUCCCAGAGGUUUCGUGAGCGUUAAGUGGAUUAUAGCCAUCUUGGUUUUGAAAUCACACACUGGCACACGUGUCUAUUCUUACUACUGAACGGUACGGAGAUAUCUAUUUAUUUUAGCUCGUAGAUCCUUCAUAUGUCCUUUUUUUUAUCACAAUUAGAUUUCCUCCUCCAUGGGCGAACAAAGCUACUGUACAUAGUAUAUUUUUUAAAAGUAUGGAAAUGUAAAUAGCUGACCCUUUUUUUAAUUUCCAUGUCCUUCGACUAAGCUGAAGGUUUGAUCGUCCAGGAACAUCGGAGAUGUGACGCAGUACGUGUCAGCGGAAGCGGUGGCUAAAGUACAGGCUUUUGUUAAACUUUGUUUUUCAUCGCUAAACCUGUCACGGUAGCAUUAAAUGCCACUAUAAUGACGCACAUAUUAUUAACUGAGGAGCAUUGGGACUGUUUUGUAAGCUCGUUUUUAAGGAAUAUGUCAUGUAAGCAUAAGAAUGUUCAUCGUUUAUCGUCUUCAUGUCGCUCCAAACCCAUAUGACGGAAUUUUUACUGUAAAACACAAAAGGACACAUUGAGCAGAAUGUGCAAGCUGCACUCAAAAAAAUGAUGAAACCUCACCAUAAAUGAUCAAUAUGCUUUUAUGCUAUAUUCAAAGUUGUCUCAACAUCUGUGAUACUUUUUUUUUGGAGCUUGAUGCACUCAGAAUUCAUGAAAUUUAAUUGCAAGUCAAAGGGUUGCAUGAGCUUGUCCAAUGCAAGAAAGAAAGUCAUGCAGGUUUGGAGCAUCACAAGGGCGAAAAAUGACAGGAUUUGAAUUUUAGCAUUAACUCUAGCGGCUUCUGCCGCAAGUGACAUUACGACGUGAUCCUAGGAAAUAGAUCUCAUUCUUCUUCAUGCACUAGGUCUGUAAUGAGAAGAACGACUUGAAAAUGUAACUUGAAAAGUUUGGCGUCGAAGCGCACUGCUUUACUCCUAUUACACUGUAUUUAUGACUCCUGACAGACAUUAUGUCUUUCUCUUGUACUCCACGGAUAAAUACUACUGCCCUUCUGUCCCUCUCCGCUUAAUAUGCAAGAUGUAAAUGUAGUUUCUAUAAUGUAUGACCUUUUUUAUUAAUCCGAUUUGAUUAAGUAGACAAUUGUGUGGUUCUGCUUCGUGGUUUGUUUUUUAAUGUGACUCAGUUUUAAUUCAGGUUUUAUUCGUAUAGCGCUUUUAACAUUAGGUUUUGAAGCAGCUGUACAGGGUUUUUGGUCUGUGGUCUGUCAUUUAAUUUGAUUUUAUCUCCCAGUUUCACUGGACUGAGUCUGUGUUUUGACAAUCUGAAUAAGUACCAUUAUUCUCCUUCGUCCAUUUGCAACAAUUCAGUCACCUUACACAUUAAAAUGUGUCCAGAAAAAGCCAAAAAUGAUCGCAUAUAGUUAAUGCUUUCUUUAGAUUAUAUUUUCAUGUUAUGUAGAUCCAAAAUGACAAGCUAUCAUAUGAAAUGUAUUUGUAACACUGGACUGAGUCACAACACUACUGAGAAAUAUAAGACGACACUGGCACAUCGGCUGCUGAUUGAGAAAAUCAUCUUGAAUUGGGAAUAAGUGUUCAGGUUUGAUCUGUAUUUGUUUCUACUGUCGAGUUCAGUUUGUACAUAUAUUUAUAGUUUCCAGAAAGCAUGUCGCUGCUGGCAGGAUUUGGGCUUCAUAAAUGUCUGCUCCCUUUCAUCCACUGGCGACUGAUUUUACAUCUCAGUCCCGGUUUAGCAUUAAAGAAGUUUCCUCAAUCCUCUGACCUCACAGCCAACCUGUAUAAUUCGAGUGUAUUUCCCAAAUCUACAUGGAGAGGCUUUUCAGGAAUUUCAGUUUCCAAUCAUGUACAUGGGUAAUUAUUAAGUGGUAAUAAAUACAGAUUUUCCUACA